AUGGCCGAGGCGCUGGUUGGGGGGCUGAUCGCUACCGGCUGGGCCACGGCGUCCACGCUCGGGGUCAUCGAGGUCUCUGAGGAACGCCGGGCCUAUCUGCAAGCAACCUUUCCUGGGAUGCUGAUAGCCGAGAGUUGUGCCGAGGCUUGUGCCAGCGAUGACUUCGACGUCAGCGAUGUGUUGGUUGCUGUGAAGCCCCAACACGUCGCAGAGAUUGCUGGUGAGCUCGGGGCCGGGGGCGCCGUGCGGGCGCUCAGUAUCGCUGCAGGAGUACGCCUCGAUGCGUUACUCCAAGGCUUCGGAGCAAAUGCCCGGGUCGUACGAGCUAUGCCGAACACGCCCGCUCUAGUGGGUAAGGGCGCAGCUGCAAUUGCGGGAUCAGCAACCGCAACGGCCGCCGACCUCGCAUGGGCUGAGGAAAUUCUUACCGCUGUUGGCACGGUUACCCGGGUCGACGAGCCAGCGCUCGAUGCAGUCACCGGGUUGUCGGGCUCGGGUCCGGCCUACAUCUUCUUGCUGGCCGAAGCAAUGAUCGCGGCGGGAAUCGAGCAGGGGCUGGCCCCCGAGGUCGCUGAUGCGCUGGCGCGCCAGACGGUGCUCGGUGCCGCCAGCCUGCUGGCUGAGUCUGCUGACGAUCCCGCGAAGCUGCGCUUCAAUGUGACGAGCCCGGGUGGUACGACUGCCGCCGCAAUCAGCGUGAUGCAGGCGCGCAAGUUGGAGCAAAUUGUGGCCGAAGCGAUAGCCGCGGCGACCAAUCGGAGCGUCGAGCUCGGCACCUAG